AUGUAUAGAGUAAAGAUGGAUUUCUGUUCAGUUAUUUUACACCUGACUUUCGUUACACUCAUUGCAUCCCAAGCAACAUCGCCGAACUAUUGUUCUAUCAUGUGCCAAGGUAAAAACUCGUCAACAGUUUGUCAGAAUUACGUUGCAGACUUCGAACCUAAAGAGUUACUGGCGAAAAUGAACUUCAUAUGCUGCUUCACCAAUGAAUUCAUCCGUACACAUCAUAACUACUUUAAAGAUGUCACACUUCCAUUCAAACUUGCAAUAAUGAAGGAAAACAAUCAAGACAUGCUAUAUGAAUAUGCGGAGUGUGUAAGAAGCAAAUCACAUUAUCAUAUUCAUGAUGAUAAACUCUUCCUUUACAUAAAAAUGUCAGAUGAUGAAGUCGUCUCGACGGCAAUGUCAGAAUUGGGUCCAUUACAUGGUUUAUGAACUCUUAAUUUUCAUGACGAAAUGUUUAUUGAAUAUUCGCCAUAAGGAAGAAAAAAUACGACGGGGUAUUCAACCGCCUGAACAUAAUAUACAGCUUCAAAAUCUACUUCUCUUUUUAAAGUUUGGUAUAAAUGUAGGCCUACCUAUCUACCUUGGAAUAUUGUGCUGUUGCACUUUUAUUGUUGGAUACUUCUACUCUCUUCCUUCGCUAAAGAAGUAGAAUACUUGGGACAUAUAUUUUCUAAGGAGUCCUUGCAUCUCAGACGAAAACUGAAUCACAAACUACAAUUCAAUCUGACAUGGAAACAUAUUUGCACAUUGUCUUCUGAUCACUUCCCCGUAUAGUUUGAUUUACAUGUAUUGUAUAGUAGCCUAUGUUUUAGCAGUUUUUCUUUGUUGCUUGUUUAAACUGCUUUAUUUUUAUCUUCAAGUUUUCUUCAUAUUUCUGGUUACUGGCGUUUAAUGCUCUAUGUUUUAACAUAACAUUAUGUAUAAUAAUACUAACUUGUUAAGAUAGAAUUCCUUAUACCACCAAACCUUACUGUAUAUCAAGUCUAUUUAUUGUGCAAUUAGGUCAAAGUCUCUUCUUUCUUUGUUUCUGUUAUUGUGUUAUUCUAUGAUGUAAAAAAUAAAUAAUUUGUAUUAAUU